CAAAGCUGAAUGCAAGGUGCUUUAUGCCGAAGAAAAUCUGUGAAAAAAUAACGGUGUGUAAGUUUCAACAGUUUGGUAAAAGAUGGCUGCUCCAGCAGCGAUACCGGUAUCGCUAUAUCAGGAUUCUAUAUCACAGAGCUUAAAUGCGGUUAUAGAAGAAAGAACUCCCCAGAUGCCAGUAUUUAAUCAAGCUACGUCAAAAACAACACCUAAAAAACCUCGAGCCAAACGCAAGCCAAAAGUAAAACAAGAGCCUGGUAUAAAAAGAGAACCUACAGACUGGUCAGCGUUUGAUGUCAAUACAGAAAGUAUGGUACAAUUACCAGAAGGCUGCGAAGUUCCGAUUAAAAAACUGAAACAAGAGAAGAUAACUGAUCAUUUACCAAAAGUUAAGAAGAAACAUGACAGAUUUCACGGGAUGCCUGAAGAAGAAGUGGCCAAAAGAUUGUUACCAGAUCAUCUAGCAGAGAAUCUUGAUAUUGUUAUUGUGGGGAUUAAUCCAGGGUUAUUUGCUGCGUAUGUGGGACAUCAUUACGCUGGUCCUGGUAAUCAUUUCUGGAAAUGUCUGUAUUUAUCUGGUCUGAUACCUGAACCAAUGAACGCCUAUGAAGAUUUUAAAUUAUUAGAACAUGGUAUUGGAUUUACCAACAUGUGCGCUCGAACAACGAGAGGAAGUGCUGAUCUCAAAACGAAGGAAAUUAAAGAGGGUGGAGCUAUACUGAAAGAAAAACUGUUAAAAUAUAAACCUAAAAUAGCAGCAUUUAAUGGAAAAGGUAUUUAUGAAGUGUUUGUCGGCCAUAAAAAAUUUAGUAUUGGAAAACAACCUGAAAAGUUAGAAGGCACAGAUACUGUUGUUUAUGUGAUGCCUUCAUCCAGUGCAAGAUGUGCUCAACUACCUCGGGCUGUGGAUAAAGUUCCAUUUUAUGCAGCUCUGAAAAAAUUACGAGAUCAUCUGAAAGGCGAUAUCAAGGAAUUAGAUGAAUCGGAAGUUGUGUUUCCUAAAUUAGAACUGAAAGUUAAGAAAGAGGAACCUACUGAUGAAGGCUACAAUGCUGCGCUACAAGGAACUUCUGUGAAAUUGGAAAAUGGGGAACAAUCAAAACCUAAACCAAAGAAAAAGCGAAAUCGUAAAUCGGCUGAAGCAACCGUCACAUCCGGGGAAGUAGCUAAACCAUACUCAGGGGAAGUAAAUCAUCCUUAUUCAGGAGAGGUUACUCAACCAUACUCAGGAGCAAUACCUCCACAUUAUCCUGGACCAAUAACAUGUCAAAGUGGACCAACGGUUCCAUACAUUAAACAGGAGAGACCAUUUCAAUCUCAGGACUAUGGAGGUGCUAAUUAUGCAAAUAACUUUCCAUAUACAACUAACGGCAUGACACUGCCAUCUACUUUGACGUCACAAUAUGCAAUGUCACAAGCUAUGUCCCAGGCUCCAUAUCCGUUUCCUCCAUUCCGUCCUCCAAUCACACAAUCCAACUUAAUGUUUAAUCCACACCCUUCCCAAAUACCAGACUACACACAGCAUCAGAUGGCUCACAUGUCUAAUAAUGGCUUCCAACCAAACUGGAAUCAGUUUCAGCCACUUCCUUACCCUUAUCCACUACCAAAAAACAAUGCAACCAAUCAAAUAACAGAACCCAGCAACCAGGUUCCAACAUCUAGUCAAUCGAGGGAUUCCCGCACCAGCCCUGAUAACAUGCUUACAUCUAGUUCUAGUCAAUCUGAAAACAGAAAUACAAGCCCUGUAAACUUGGUCACCAUGGCAACCAGUCAAUCUAUGAACAAUUACUCAAAUCACAUUAACUUAGUCUCCAUGGCAACCAGUCAAUCUAUGCACACAGACACAGAUCCCAUUAACUUGGUCUCUAUGGCAACUCGUCAAUCAACGAACUCUAAUGCCACUUAUCCCACGAUAAAAAGUGAACCAAUAGAUGACGGCUAUAAAGAAUGUCACCUGACACAGCUUUGAUUGGUUAAAUGAUUAAAAUAUUGAUUGAUAGUGUUGAUGUUUACAUGCAGUAAACAGAAUCUUUUAAUCCAUUAAAAGGAAACUUUAGUUUUGGAGAGUGAAACUUGAUUAACAGAGCUCUUAAAUGAUAGUGCAUUGAAUCCUGAAAACAUACACUUUCAAGGAAGAGUAGAAUAGCAGAUCUCGGGACAAUUUAUGUAGAGCUGACAUUUUGCCAUGUUUGGUGCUAAGAACUACACUUUAAAACCAAAGACUGAGAGAAAUCCUGUAUAAAAUUACAUGUACGUGUAGUCUUAUGAGCUGAACAUUUGAUAAUUUCCUGAUAAAUAUCAAUGCCAAAAAAAUAGAGAAAGGUUCUAAAUGUAAAUCUAAAAUUGUUUGCAAAUGCAGGCCUGGAAAUAAUGAUUCUAGUUGUAGGUCUACCUGACAAAUUGUAAGGCACUAUUGAACUAGUAUGCCUUAUUUCAAGGCUAGAGCAAAAAUCAUCUACAGAUUUUUAAUUAUUUAAGAAUAGAAUUUUAUUUGAUUUGUCAAACAGGAAAUGAAUGUGGCUGUAUAUCUCUAGAAAUGUAGAUAUUUAUGUAUGAAUUGUAUGUUUGUUUGUGAAUGUGUUAGUGGAUAAAUAAGUGUAUGUUUGUUUGUUGGGUAUAAUUUAAAUCAUGCUUACAUUCUACAUUUCAUCUGUCAUUGAUCAUCAGGACAACUUUCAAUAAUUAGAAAUGUUAUAAGUAAAGAAAUAUGAUUUCAUAAAACACUAAACAUUAUAGAAUACAAUUACUGAAUUUAAUAGUAAUGUUAUAACAAUGAUUCACUUGUUAAAAAUCAUUUUGAUUAUCCAUUUUCAAAGGCUUGGUAACGAAAAAUUCAGUAAUUCUAUCGCAUAAAAUGAUGAGGUUUUUUUGUAAUGUGGCCAAUUACUAUAAUACGGCUUAAACAAUUUAACAUCUUUCAAAAUUAUUUAUCAAUCAAAAGACACCUGUUAUCAUGUGUGGUCUUUAUGACCUACAUGUAUAAGGGUGUGCAGUGUGUUUUUUCAGUGUGAUUAUUGUUGGAUUACAAUGUAGAAUGUUUAUAAGUUAAAGAGUAGUAUAUUAUAAAGAUGAUAUAAUUUUAAAUAUUAUUUAUAGAUUGUCUUUAUUAGAUUUGUUAGUUAAUCAUAUUUAGUUGUUUUUAUUUUAUCCUUACAUUCAUUAUUAUCUUCUAUCUCUUUUUUUUUUUUCUAAGUGCUGACUGAAUGAUGUUUAUGGACCAGGAACUGGGCCUCUAGUGCUACUAAUUACAUUGUUGUUUUUUGGGGCAGUGCUCUUUGAAAAAAAGUAUAAAGCACAAAUUCAUGUAGGGUCUACAUGCUUAUUUCUUGGAUGAUUGUGCAUCUCUUGACAGACUUUCAUUUUUGAUUUGACAUCAAAAUUCCAAAAUUGCUGCAAUGAUGACAUGCUCGGUUUCUGGUCCAUAGUAUGUACAUGUACAUUGUAUAUUCAAAAGAAUCUCUAUUUACGUAAUUUUCGAUUUGAAAAUCUAAUAGGAAAAUAAAUUACCUUGGCUAAUACAACCAUGUUGGAUAAUAAUGUAAGCCUAAUGUGAACAAAAUCAUCUAGAACACUAUGUAACUCCAUGGUAUGACUUACAGGAAAAUUUUAAUACCUUAGGGAUGACUUAAUUUUCCAAGAAUUCCUCUGAAAAUUAAAGUCCAAUUUUUCAAACCCUUUACACCGAAACAUUGGUUAUUUAUAUUUUUCACAUGGUAAAUUCUAUUUUAUUCAUACGCAUAGAAUAUUUGCAAGAAAUUAACUGGAAAAUAUUAAAGCGGAAAUUGCAAAUUUUUAAGUUAUAUUUUUAAAAUUUAUUAAAAUAAAGCCUGAAAAUAGAUGGUAUCCAUAAACAGCCCUACCUUGUUAAAGAAUAAUCCUAUUAAUCCUAUAAUUCACUAUUGCCAUCUGAGAAAUUGGCAAAAAUAUCAUUUUCCUCUUCAUUUUCAAACGUUUGAAAAAAGCUACUCCAUGGUGGAGAAUAGAAAACAAGGGAGGUAAUUGGGAGGUAAUUGUGUUAUUAUUUCCUGUGUAAAUGAAUUUUAAGUGUGAGAAUGACACCUAUGAUCGUAUAAUUGUGAGUUGACAACCUAUUGAGCAAAAGACAUAGAAAUAAUUAUGUUUUGACUUUCUUAGAAAAUUUGCAGUUUCCGCUUUAAUCUUCAGCCGUCUUUGAUUUAUAUACAGAACCCAUACAAAUCUCAUCUGAGUCAUUCUUCGCUGAAUACAUUACUUUUAGACAAGUAAAAUCACUGAUCAGUGCAAUAUGUAUAUUUUUAAAUAAAUGUAGUCUCAUAAUGAAUGUAUGCACAACAUUAAAAUUUUAACUCAGGGUUUUGAUAAAUUUAUAUCAAUUUUACCAAAUGAUUAUUCUUUUUAGUAUGUAUUUACAAUUUAUACAUUUAGUGCUGUUUGAGUUCUGUAAAUGAGUGUGCUAUAAUUCAAAUAUUUAUUUAUUAUUUUACACAUAUCGCUAAAAACAAUCUGAUUAAAACACAGAUCCUAUUUCAUUUCGCUUUUUAUAGUUCAAAAUUUCGUUAUACUUGUCUUCAUAACACUAGGAUCUGGAAGAGUCGUUAUAUAACCAACGUUCUGAGGGAUUAGCCAAUGAAACAGUCUGUUACGACAAGUUCUUGGCUUGCGAUGCAGGGAACUGUGGGUAAACCACCAGCAACGUCAUCACCGAUUGAUUAAUCAAUGACUUCUUAGGGUUAAAAGCCACUCGUAUGACCCUGAUGUGAGAUUCCACUACAACCGAUCAGAUCUUCAUGUAGUGUAGGCCAUCGAAAGUAUAAAAAAAAAACGAAAAGAAAUAAUAGAUCUGUAUUUUAAUCAGAUUGCGCUGUAACACAGCUGUUUUUUCAAACAAAUAAUUCUCUGAUAAAGAGUCACUCUUAGGGCUGUUGUAUGUAUGAUACAGAAUGUUGGUUUAUUUAUUGUCUGUGAAUAAAUUAUAAUUUUGUCAAUUUUUUUUUUUUAAAAAUCAUACUUUUAUUGUAUAUACAUCUCCAUAUUAUUUUUUUUUAAAU